AAGUAUUUUAAAGACAGGACACACACAGAGCCUUAACAGCUGAUAGGAUGGACUCGUGUAGGGCAUUGUAUGCUGUUAUAGUAGCGUUGACCUGCAUGGGAAAAGGUGGCCAUUCACAGGCAAAUGUGUGUGGCAUUGCUUCUCUCAACACAAAGAUUGUUGGGGGUCAGGCUGCAGUCCCAGGGAGAUGGCCAUGGCAGGCCAGUCUGCACAGAUCCAACAGUCAUUUUUGUGGAGGCUCCCUUAUCAACAAAGAGUGGGUGCUGACUGCCGCUCACUGCUUCCCCAGCACCAGCACAUCCGGCCUGCUUGUCUACCUGGGUCGGCAGUAUCAGCAAAGCAACAACUACAAUGAAGUUACCCGAACGGUCUCUCAGAUCAUCCGCCACCCCAACUACAACAGUGCAACCAGCAACAAUGACAUAUGUCUGCUGAAGCUCUCGUCAUCUGUCACCUUCACUGACUACAUCCAGCCGGUCUGCCUGGCAGCAGUGGGCAGCACCUACUACACUGGCACUACUAGCUGGGUCACCGGAUGGGGCGAUAUCAAUAGUGAUGUGCCCCUGCCCUCACCCGGGACCCUACGGGAGGUGAAUGUGCCAGUAGUGGGGAACAGGAAGUGUAACUGUCUCUAUGCUGGAGUGGGUUCAAUCACAAACAACAUGAUCUGCGCUGGUCUACUGGCUGGAGGAAAGGAUUCCUGUCAGGGAGACUCCGGGGGGCCAAUGGUGAGCAAACAGGGUCUGGUCUGGAUCCAGUCUGGCGUUGUGAGUUUCGGACAAGGCUGUGCCGCAGCAAAUUUCCCAGGAGUGUACACCAGAGUGUCCCAGUACCAGACCUGGCUCAACAGCCAGAUCAGCACUGACCAACCAGGCUUCGUCGCCUUCUCCUCCAGUGGGACUGACUCUGACCUCAAUGUCACCUGUAAUGCACUGUCCAGUGGGAACACACUCCUCUCCCUCUCUCCUAUUCUCCUCUCUCUCUCUCUCUUCUAUUAGAGGAUACACUAAAAGUGUGUCCUCUACUCACUGUAUGUGAAAAGUACUGGAAUAGUAUGUUUAUACACUGAACAAUAAGUGAUGGGUUUAAUAAAAUAUGAAUCUACUGUAUCUACUAAUAUUUUUUUCUGGUGAUGUAAGUAAUUAAGUUGGACAACAAAUGUAAUUGUGCUAUAGGAUUACAUUUGGUUGUUUAUCAGAGCUCAGUUUAUGAUUGUUAUAUGCAGUUAUAUUUAGCUAUCACACUUCAUGAUUAAAUGGAGAAAAACAAAUGUUUUAUUCAUUAAGUUAUGUAUAUUUGUCCAUCUUGAGUAUACUGUAUCUGCAAAUAAAUACACUAUUUACAGUGAACUACAGCUAUUUACCAUUGAGCUGAGAAUGUCUCUUAACAAUCUCCUAUCAUGUAAUGGCAGGCAGGCAGGUAACUAUCAGCAGUCUGCCCCCUUCCUCUAGUGCUGAACGUAAACAGACUGACAUAAAUACCAGGGGUGCAUUUAUUUAUUUAGACCAAGACCAUAGCAAAUAGUUGUGAUACCGUUUACUCUAAUGGGAAAAUGUUUUGCAAAGAAAACUAGAGUUUCUAUUGGACAAAUUCAGGUAGGUCCCGCCCCAAUCCGUUCUGUUUGCUUCUGUUGGCUUCCAUUUGGUUUGUUUGGUUCCUAGUGAAUACACCCCAGUUGGUAACCCUCCUACCUGGAUUGAGCCAUACCAACUCACUUCUCCAGGGAGGUUACAUCAUCUCUCUAGCGACACUGAACAAAAAUAUAAAUGCAACAUGUAAAGUGUUGGUCACAUGUUUCAUGAGCUCAAAUAAAAAA